AUUACUCAUCAUCAAGUUCCUAUUUUCUCUCUGACAAAAAACACAGAGUAAGUAAGAAUGGUACAGACGAAGAAGUUCAGAGGUGUCAGGCAACGCCAUUGGGGUUCUUGGGUUGCUGAGAUUCGCCACCCUCUCUUGAAACGGAGGAUUUGGCUGGGAACGUUCGAGACUGCGGAAGAGGCAGCAAGAGCCUACGACGAGGCCGCUGUUUUAAUGAGCGGCCGCAACGCCAAGACCAACUUCCCCCUCACAAACAACAACAGCAACAACACCGGAGACACAGCCGAGGGCAAAACAGAUAUUUCAUCUUCGUCCUCUAUAUCUUCAUCAUCUUCAUCGCUCUCUACCAUCCUCAGCGCCAAACUGAGGAAAUGCUGCAAAUCCCCAUCCCCUUCCCUCACCUGCCUCCGUCUCGACACGGCCAGCUCCCACAUCGGAGUCUGGCAGAAACGAGCCGGUUCCAAGUCCGACUCUAGUUGGGUCAUGACUGUCGAGCUCGGUUCCGCUAGCUCCUCCCGAGAGACUACUAGCAAAGCUCCUCAAGAAGAUCUUGGUCCAACCACUGAGCUUGAGGUUGAGGUUGAGGUUGGUGGCGGCGGAGAAGAAGGGUUAAUAGAUGAGGAGGAGAAGGUUGCUUUGCAAAUGAUAGAGGAGCUUCUCAAUACAAACUAAAUAUGGUUUGCUUAUUACAUAUGCACCUGUUUUUAUUUCUGGAUUAUAGCCACAAUAAUACCAAGUAUACCGUAUAUUUUAUUUAUAUAUCGUAUUCAAAUGUUUUAGCUUAUAUUGCUUGUUUCCUCAUAUUUCCACAUUUGU